AUGUUUGGACCGCCUCAACUCGACGAAGCGACCAUAAGGUCCAUCGACUUCAACCGCACCUCCCGUCGCAUGCUCCAGGACAUGCGCGAAGAGACCUGGGGCUGGGUCGUCUACCGCACAACCUACCGCUCCGACCCCACAUUCCACAAAGCAAUCGAAAUCCUGACUUCCUGGAUCAAGGCGGGAGUCUACGAAGAUCUCCACGAGUACGGCUUGGAAAACCCGGAUCCUACGCCCAACGAUCAGCUCUGGGCGCGCCACCAGCUAACCGUGAUCGAGGAGCUAGCCACGCUGGACGGGGCUUCGUUGGACGUAGUGCGGGGAUAUUUUGAAGGCUGGGUAGAAGCCCAAGAUAAGCAAGAUGCAUGGAACAAGUACCGCGCGUGCUUGGUGAUGGAUGAGGCGGCUGUCCAACGGCUGGGCGAGGCAAUGACGCCAGAGGAGCACCGGGAGAAGCAUGGAGAGCGCUGUUAUAUAGAGCUGCGGCAAUGGUUUCUUCCAGCUGUGGAGGCGUUUCCGGAACUCGAAGAGGGAGAGACCGAUUUUGAAGGGUGGAUGAAUUGUUCGGUCUUAAACUAA